AUGGAACUCGCGCCGCAGGCUGAAAACACUUCAACAGGACUGCAAGUAAAGGACGAGUUAUCUGAAAGGUGUCAGAAACUUUUCCUCGAAUUCUUGGAAGAGUUUCAGAACCCAAAUGGAGAGAUACAUUACCUUCAUGAUGCAGAGGAAUUAAUUCGACCUGAAAGGAAUACUUUGACUGUAAACUUCACCAACAUAGAACAUUACAACCAACAGCUGGGAACAACCAUUCAGGAAGAAUAUUACAGGGUCUACCCCCAUCUCUGCAGAGCUGUGAGAAACUUUGCCAGGGAUCAUGGAAAUAUUCCUGCAACUAAAGAGUUCUAUGUUUCUUUCUCAGAUUUCCCAACUAGACAGAAGAUUAGAGAACUGACCGCUGCAAGGAUUGGGACACUGCUUCGUAUCAGUGGACAGGUGGUAAGAACUCAUCCAGUGCAUCCUGAACUUGUGAGUGGCACUUUCCUGUGUAUGGAUUGCCAGUCUGUUGUCAAAGAGGUGGAGCAGCAGUUCAAGUACACCCAGCCAACUAUUUGCAGAAACCCAGUCUGUGCAAAUCGCCGCAGGUUUAUGCUGGAUACCAACAAGUCCCGUUUCGUCGACUUUCAGAAGGUGCGUAUUCAGGAGACACAAGCAGAGUUGCCCAGAGGUGCCAUUCCUCGCAGCGUUGAGGUUAUUUUGAGAGCAGAGGCUGUCGAAACAGCACAGGCUGGGGACCGAUGUGACUUUACUGGGACUCUCAUUGUGGUACCAGAUGUGUUUGCACUUUUAGCUGGAGGGGCACGUACCGAGACCAGCAGCAGAGUGACUGGACCAGAGGGUUUCCAGGCAGACGGUGUCCAGGGUUUGAAGGCCCUGGGUGUUCGGGAUCUUUCCUACCGACUGGCUUUCCUGGCUUGUAAUGUAGCACCCACUAAUCCUCGGUUUGGAGGCAAGGAGCUUCGAGAAGAAGACCAAACUGCUGAAAAUAUUAAGAACCAGAUGACUAUUCAAGAAUGGGAACAAGUUUUUGAAAUGAGUCAGGAUAAGAACCUCUACCACAACCUGUGUACCAGCCUCUUCCCUACCAUACACGGGAAUGAUGAGAUAAAGAGAGGCAUCCUGCUAAUGUUGUUUGGGGGGGUUCCCAAGACCACAAUGGAAGGAACGUCAUUGCGGGGUGACAUUAAUAUUUGUAUUGUUGGGGACCCAAGUACAUCUAAAAGCCAGUUCUUGAAACAUGUUGAAGAGUUUUCUCCUCGAGCAGUCUACACCAGUGGCAAAGCCAGCAGUGCUGCUGGUCUGACUGCAGCAGUGGUGAGAGAUGAAGAGUCUCAUGAGUUUGUGAUUGAGGCUGGGGCCCUGAUGCUGGCAGACAAUGGCGUCUGCUGUAUUGAUGAGUUUGACAAAAUGGAUUUGAAAGAUCAAGUGGCAAUUCAUGAAGCUAUGGAGCAGCAAACCAUUUCCAUCACCAAGGCUGGAGUCAAGGCCACGCUUAAUGCCCGCACAUCCAUCCUGGCAGCUGCAAACCCAGUUGAUGGAAGAUAUAACCGAUCAAAGUCUUUGAAGCAGAAUGUUAAUAUGUCUGCUCCCAUUAUGUCAAGAUUUGAUCUGUUCUUUAUAUUGGUGGAUGAGUGCAAUGAGGUUACAGAUUAUGCAAUUGCGAGAAGGAUAAUUGACCUGCAUUCAGGAAACCAGGAGUCCAUAGAACGAGUAUUUUCUACUGAAGAUGUUCAAAGAUACUUACUGUUUGCUCGUCAAUUUCAACCAAAAAUUACGAAGGAAGCGGAGGAGUUUGUCGUGGAGCAGUAUAAGCGUCUCCGGCAGAGGGAUUGCAGUGGCGGGAUGAAAUCUGCUUGGCGCAUUACAGUCAGACAGCUGGAGAGUAUGAUCCGACUCUCUGAAGCCAUGGCUCGCAUGUACUGCUCCGAUGAGGUGCAACCAAAGCAUGUGAAGGAGGCAUUCCGUCUGCUAAAUAAGUCCAUUAUUCGUGUUGAUUCCCCAGACAUCAAUUUUGAUCAAGAGAACAAUGAAAAUGAUGUAAAUGAUGAAGCGGUUAAUGGCGAAGCUAAAGCUGUGACUAGUGAAGAAGCUAUGGAAACUGAACAGGAAGCUGUCAAGUCUGAAAAACUGAGUUCUCAGAAGCCUGCUGUUAGGAUGUCAUUUGCUGAAUACAAAAAAAUCUCCAACCUUCUGGUUUUACACAUGCAUAAGAUGGAGGAUGCUGAUGAUGAGUCCUCAUUAAAGAAAAGUGAGCUGGUCAAUUGGUAUUUGAAAGAAAUGGAAAGUGAGAUUGAUACAGAGACGGAACUAAUUGCAAAGAAGAAUUUAAUAGAAAAAGUUCUUCACAGAUUGAUCCACUAUGAUCAUGUUAUUAUCGAACUGACCAAAACAGGACUGAAAAAGGUGACUGAUGAAGGGGAAGAGCCUACCAUGGAGGAAGACCCAUUUUUGGUUGUCAACCCAAACUAUACCCUGGAUGAUUAACAGAACCUUGCUUUGCUCAAUACAGCAGUU